CUCUACAAACUCAUCAAGCUUUCAAAUGGAAGGCAAUCUUACUCCCUUUGUACUAUUAUUGGCUCUGCUUACUCUCCAAUUAUGCAGUCCUGAUGCAUCUCCUAGCAGAUCCAACACUCAGUACAUAAGAACAUCGUGCAGCGUCACAAACUAUCCGAGGCUGUGCUACAACUCGCUCUCCAUCUACGCCGGAAAAAUCAAGACCAACCCGAAAGCACUAGCACACACUGCUCUUAACGUGACCAUUGCUGCCACCCAAGAAACAUCUGUGAUCAUGAGAAGGCUGUCCAAAAUCCAUGGCUUGAAACCCAUAGAGUCUGCAGCAGCGCUUGACUGCAUGGAGGAGAUUGGUGAUGCUGUUGACGAGCUCCAAAACUCGAUAGAUGAAUUGAGUCAUGUGAUUAGGGGAUCAAAUUUCUGGCUUCAAAUGAGUGAUAUCCAAACAUGGGUUAGUGUUGCAUUGACAGAUGAGGACACCUGCAUGGAUGGAUUUGAUGAACAUAAUAUGAGUGGAAGGGUGGAGAAUCUUGUCCGUAGGUACAUAGUGAAUGUUGCGCAUCUUACUUGCAAUGCUUUGGCGCUAAUCAACAGCUACGCCUCGGCCUCGACUGAAGCGUUUUUGCCGUAGAUUCUCUUUUGUUCUCAGGAAAGGUAUGACGGAAACGGGUCAUUUGGUACUUAAGAAAGAAAGAAAAAUCUGAAUAUUUGGUAUCUGAGAAAUUGUGGAUGCAUAUGGAGUGAAGGAUGGAUCAAGAAGGGUGGUGGGUCUUGAGACUAAAAACAAAUUAAAAUAGUUUUUUGUUUUCGUUUUUCGUUUCCAAUUCGUGUAUCUUUCCUUAUAAAUUUCUUCACCAUUUCUCCAACAACCCUU